AUGGCCGAGAACUCCAGCAGCAGUAGCAGCAGCAACAGCGGCGCCGAGGGCUUGUCGGAGUGCGUGGUCUCCUACUACGGACUCAACUGCACCGAGAUGAACUUCUCUAAGAGCGAGAGCGCCCUGAUCGUGGGCAUCAUGAGCUUCUUCAUCGCCAUCACCAUCCUCAGCAACCUGCUCAUCAUCAGCGCCGUCGCCUUCUUCCGGCAGCUGCAGACGCGAGCCAACGCGCUCGCCCUGUCGCUGGCCUUUUCCGACUUCCUCGUCGGGGUGGUAAUCAUGCCCCUCGCCAUGGUCAAGUCGGUCUACAAAUGCUGGUUCUAUGCGCGGUGGCUCUGCAACGUGCAGUUCUUCUGGGACUACUGGUUCACGACCGCGUCGGUGCUGCACCUGAGCUGCAUCGCCUACGACCGCUACGUGGCCAUCUGCGACCCCCUGCGCUACCAGCAGCGGGUGACGCGACGCACCCUGACGUUCAUGCUCCUCUUCUGCUGGAUCGCCUCGGCCCUGCUGUCCACGCCGAUCCUGCUCAGCAUGAGCCCCACGCUGUCCAAGGGACGGAUCGAGACGGUGGGCUGCCCCGACGACUGCCGCUUCCUCAUCAGCGUGGGCAUCCUCUUCGCCAUCGGCAUGUGGCCCUACUUCACGUCCGUGCUACUCAUCGUGCUCAUGUACGGCCGCAUCUAUCGAGUGGCGCGCGGCCAGGCGCGCAAGAUCGCUGCGAUGGACCGCGCCUCGUCGGGCCUCGGCGGCGGGGAGGAGGCCGGCAGGGCCGCGGCGAGUCGCUGGGCCAGCAUGAAACGGGAGCACAACGCGACUAAGACGCUGGGCGCUAUCAUCGCCGCCUUCAUCAUCUCUUGGCUGCCGUUCUACAUCAUCGCCGUGAUAUUCACGAUGGACGAGAGCGUCCUCCUGGCCUACAAAGUGACCGUGUGGAUCGGCUACAUGAACUCGGCCAUCAAUCCCAUCCUGUACGCCACCUUCAACAAGCAGUUCCGGCACGCGUUCAAGGAAAUUCUGAGCCUCAAUGUGUUUUUGUCUCCGGCGGACAGGAACAAGGAGAUGCAAUGA